GUAUCAUCCAGCUUCACAAUCAUAGCAUUCGAUCUCCACUAAAUAAGGACUUGACACACAUGACAUCGAUCACAACCCAGUGAUCAAUCAAUUUUGAUUACAUCUCAGUCCUACAGGAGGUCAGUCGCGGCUCGGAUAGCUCAGUGGUAACGUCUCUGACUGUGAAGCUGGGUGACACGGGAUCGAAUCCGCCAGGGAGCACAAGUCCCCUCAAGAUUACAGGUACACCUUGCUGACGAGUGCCAAGUAGCACAAAACCCGUGUCCAAGGUUUCCUGUCGGCUACUUCCAACCACCAUCUAAUCUCAAUAUAUAGUCCACGCAGUAUCGAGUCACCUAGACUGGUGGCCACGUUGAAACAUGGUCGAUAGCAUUUGAUCUGCACUAGAUAAGGACUUGACACACAUGACACUGAUCACCACCUGGUGAUCAAUCAAUUGUGAUAACAUAUACAUUUAUUAGAAUUAUGGUUAGUAAUGGAAUCGAUGAAGUGUAGUUCAUUCUAUUUGAGAAUAAAUAAAUAUAUAUAUUAAAACUAAAAAUCGAACCCCAAUUACUUUCUCUUCAAAAAUCAACUCGUUAUUUUAAUAGUUGAAAUCAUGAAUCAAUUGAAGCUACACCACCAUGGAAAACCUGGAAGUAGUGGAUGGCCGUUUCGUCCUAGUAUGGCACUCCUUACCAGUGUGUAUCCACGAUCCCGCACACCUCGAGACUCGAACCCAGGAACUAUCGGUCUCACGCGCGAGUGCUUAACCAUUAGACCACUGAGCCGGCUAGCAUCCAACGGUGUUAAUGUCUAACUUCAACUAAUCCACGAAAUUGCGCCACCGUACACCAUUGUCUUCAGUGAGUUGAUUUCUCACAACAGACCUGGUUGAACUCCACUGGUAACGGCUUCUCACUAGAACUUCAGGAAAUGGCUAAAGUGUUUCCAAAUUUUUCAUGGUGGUCUAGCUUCAAAUGACUCAUGAUUUCAACUAUUGAAAAUACUAAAGUCUCCACAAAACCCCCUCUGAUAACUCGCUAUUUAUUAAAAUACAAAGUUCAGAUAGUCCAUAGCUUGUUCCAUUGAUAUCCAAUAACGAACUUUUAAAAAAAUUAAGUUGCAAUAUUUAGGUAGUUCACUCACGAUACACAUAUGAUAUCAAAGAAGGAUCAAUUACAGUUUAUAACAUUCAACAAUGGGUGAAUAUAGUCAUUUACCAGUUGAAUAUGAUCACUGCAUAGAUAAAUAAAAGACAGUUUAGUGGUCUUGAAGUUAAGUAUUGGUACGCAAGAGCAAAAGUCUUGAGUCCAAUCUUUGGUGAUGAAGUCAUGGAUCAGCAUUCAUGAGGAGUCUCGUACUAGGACGAAAUACCUGUAAAAUGCUUUCUAGUUUUGCAAUGGUUUUUCAACUUAGAUUAUCCCAUGAUGUUAACUAUCAAUAAACGUAUUUGCCUGAUAUCUAAAUAUAUAUAAAAACAGUAUCAUUUAAUCAAUCUACUGAUGAAUGUUUCUCUUACGAUAAUAACAUUGAAUUAUUUUCUCUCCUAGUUUUAUCAUUAGGUCAGAAGUAGAAAGUGUGUUCUAGAUAUUUAGUUGCUUUCUUUUUAUCGUAUUUUAUAACAAUCUAUGCAUAACAAUGAAAAUUUUAUUAUCUCUGUUAAUCAGGAAUAAUGGUCAUUAACUUUGUAAAUGGAUCAGUGUUAUGAUAUUGUAAAUUGUGUUACAUCCAUGCAAAACUGGUAAUUAGGAUAGAAGAUGAAAUGAGGUGACUGAACUGAGAUUUAGAUGACACAGGGAAAGAAAUGAAAACGGAUGGUAGAUGGUCGAUUUUAUUUAUCCCCUUCCAACAAGAUUUGGGAUGAAAAACAAGUACCAACAAAUUGUAAAGAAGGACACCUGGUCAAGAUAACAAAGAAAGGCGAUCUCAGCAAGUGUGAGAACUACAGAGGCAUCAUCCUUCUCUCAAUACCAGGAAAAGUCUUCAACAGCGUAUUGUUAAGCAGAACGAAGAACUCCGUAGACGCCCAACUUCGUGACCAACAGGCAGGAUUCCGUAAGGAUAGAUCGUGUACAGACCAAAUCGAUACUCUACGGAUCAUUGUGGAACAAUCAAUUGAAUGGAAUUCAUCACUCUACAUGAACUUUAUUGACUGCGAAAAAACAUUUGACAGCGUGGACAGAACAACACCAUUGAAGCUUCUUCGACACUACGGUGUACCUGAGAAGAUAGUCAAUAUCAUACAGAAUUUAUAUGAUGGAUUAAAUUGCAAAAUCGUGCAUGGAGGACAAUCGACGGACUCGUUCGAAGUAAAGACCAGUGUCAGACAAGAUUGCCUACUCUCACCCUUUCUCUUUCUUCUGGUGAUCGACUGGAUCAUGAAGACGUCAACAUCUGAAGAGGGCACGGGAUACAGUAGACAUCUAGGAUGCAGUUGGACGAUCUAGACUUCGCAGAUGAUCUGGCCCUUCUAUCCCAAACGCGACAACAAGUGCAGGAGAUGACGACCAGUGUAGCAGCAGCCUCAGCAGCAGUAGGUCUCAAUAUACACAAAGGGAAAAGCAAGAUUCUCCGAUACAACACAGAAUGCACCAAUCCAAUCACACCUGACGGAGAAGAUUUGGAAGAUGUAAAAACCCUUACAUAUCUGGGCAGCAUCAUUGAUGAACAUGGUGGAUCUGAUGUGAAAGCGCGGAUUGGCAAAGCAAGAGCAGCAUAUUUACAACUGAAGAACAUACGCAACUCAAAUAAACUGUCUGUCAACCAACACAAAGGUCAGGAUUUUCAAUACAAAUGUCAAGACAGUUCUACUGUAUGGGGCGGAAACCUGGAGAACUACGAAAGCCAUCAUCUAGAAGAUACAAGUGUUUAUUAACAAUUGUCUGCGAAAAAUAUUUCAGAUCCGUUGGCCAGAUAUUAUCAGCAACAACCUACUAUGGGAGAGAACAAAUCAUAUCCCAGCAGAGGAAGAAAUCAAGAAGAAGCGCUGAAAGUGGAUAGAACACACACUGAGGAGACCACCCAACUGUGCCACAAGGCAAGCCCUAACUUGGAAUCCUCAAUGCCAAAGAAGAAGAGAAAGACCAAAGAACACAUUACGUCGAGAAAUGGAGACAGACAUGAAUAAAAAUUGGAUAGAUCAGGAAAGAAAUGCCCAGGACAGAGUGGGUUGGAGAAUGCUGAUCGGUGCCCUAUGCUCCAUUGAGGGUAACAGGCGUAAGUCCAAAGAACACGAAAACAAACUAGUGAUUAAAUCACAGUCGACUACACAAAUAUUUUACUGGGAUUCGGUGACUAGUCAGCAAAUAUAAUAACUAUCGUUUCGAAGAAUAUUUGAGAAAUGUUGAAAUUUGAGAACUAUCUUAUGGAAAUCCAGGACACGCGUUUUCGUCCUUUUCGGAAUAUGUCGGCUGUGUGCACCUACAUCUCAAAGUUAAUGUUCACUCCGGGAUUUGAACCGAGAGUCGUCCGUUUCAAACUCACAAGCCAGUGAUUGACUGAGCUCAAUAGCUAUGUAGAUAAUGCAAUAACUUUUUAAGUGAUCGUUACUAGGUUCGAGUACCUGAGUGGAUAUAAACGGUUGCAUAUAGGCUCAUCCAUUCGACAAAUCUCGGAUAGGACGAGACAAGCGUCCUCAAUUGCAUUGCUAGUCACCAUCCAUCUAUCUAAGAUACUGAUAAUUCAGUAGUAAUAUGGACGUAAUCCGCACAAGAUGCAUAUAUGCCAAUCCAUCGGAUUCCUAAACAACAAUGGGAAGAUCCAAACAAUUAAUAUAAAUAAACGUUGGGAAAUUAUUGUAUAAUUAUUGAAUACUUGGAUUAUUGUAUAUUUCUAUUCCCCGUAUUGUUGUAUAUAUUGCAGUUAUAUGAUUUUUCUUCCCUAAAUUAUUGUUAAUUAAUUGUACACUAGUUAAUCAAUUUUCCCUUACCUAUGGCAAAUUCUUGUAAACAUUAUAAUUCCCCAUUUGUUUUUGUUGUAUGGUAAUCUAUUUAGCUGUUACUAGUAUACCCUUAUUUGAGUUACAAUUGAAUUAUUCUAUAAAAGUUUUAUCUGAUUGUUAGGUUCAUGUUCUGUCAAACUAGAGUGGGGGGGGGCUACAUUAAACACCAAACUAAUAGAGAUUAUGAUAUAUUUGUACAUGGUUAUUAACUCACCAGUCAAAUGAAUAUCAUUAUAUCACUGGAUAAGAAGAAAUUCACUACUGUUAGGGUCAAAGAACGAAUUCAUUAACAACAGACUCAAUGAUAAACUUAUCCUCGGAUGAGCGACUUAACCAUAAGGGUUCCUAUACUAUUAAGCACCUUCUAUUUCCCGAAUAUAUAACAUGUACAAAAUAAAAAAAAAUUAGUCAGAAAGCCAUAUGGAUGUGUAAAAUUCAAAUUUCAUGUAUAAGGAACAGUAGAUAUACCUUUAUAUACAGCUCAAAACGUCCAAGACGACAGAAGAAAAUUACUGUAUAUCAUCUUAGAGUAUGAAUGAUAGUGUUAAAUGUACCAAAUGCUUGAUUUUGUCUCCUUAGAUUGUAUAUAAGAGACGAACCAAUACUUCAUAAAUUCUGGCACUGAACCCUUCAUACAGAAAUGAAUAUUAACUUGGUUGGACUGCAUUUCAUAAAUACACUAAUCAGAUGGUAUCUCUUGAAUUUCCGAGUAAAAUUUAUUCAAUCAUAUGAAUACACAGCAUCGGUACAUCAUAGAUGUCAGUUUGUGAUGAAAAUUCAAACCCCAUAUACUCAAUUCUAAUUCAGAACAAUUUGAAAGCUCUUAAAAAUCCGUUUGUAUCCAAAUGACCUCCUGUAGGACUGAGAUGUACUUACAAUUGAUUGAUAACUGAGUAAUGAUCGAUGUCAUGUAUAUCAAGUCUUUCCGUAGUACUAAUUCAAUUUUAUCAAUCAAAUUGGUUAACAAGGACCAAAUGACAUGAAACGUUUGGUCAAAUUUGGUUUUCUAUCAUGUUUACGAUGACUUUUAUACCGAGGAAUCGAUUAAGAACAUCAAAUAGUUUAUGAAGUACAUGAAAAGUAUGCCAGUAUUCUAAUUUUUCCUGCUCUUUUUUGUAAGAAAUUAUUGAUUUAAUUAUCACAUACUUUCUUAUUAGUCAAAAGAUUGCUCAAAGUCAUUCAUAUACGACAGUUCCAUCAUUUUUAUAUCAUUUUAACUCUGUCCCCCUUAAACUCUUAAAGUAAUCAUUUUAUAAUGAGAGAGGGGUUUUGUGGAUAGAUUAUCAUGGAAAACCUGGAAGCAUUGGGUGGCCAUUUCGUACUACUAUGGGACUCUUCAGCAGUGUGUAUCUACAAUCCCACCCCGCGAGAUUCGAACCCAGGACCUAUUGUUUUAUCAGUUGUUCAUUGAAUUUUCUAUGAAACUAUCAAUUUUUAUGGAGGAAAGAAAUCUUCAUACUGAAUAUUAUUUGGAAUUAAAUGAAUAAGGUUGAUGUUAAUACUGGAAAACUUAUAAAUAACCUUCAAAAAACUAAUAAACUUUGUUAAAAUCUCUUUACUCUGAUAUAUUCUAUUACUUCUGUAAUGAAAUACUUUUGAUUUAUUCUAACUCUUCUCUUAUUGGUUGAGACAUGCAAUCCGCACUUAAUCAGUUGGCAAUCAGUGUCCGUAGGUAUGGUAUGUGCUUUGUACCUUCGAAGUGCAAAGUACUUUUACAAGACUGGCAGGCUCCUGAACCUGCACUCACUUUGGGUAGUGAGCAGAUAGAAUUAGUCGAGAAGUUAAUGUAUCUGGAUAGCUGCAUAAGUGCUGGUGGUAAAAUGGGUGGUAAGAUCAAUUCACGUAUAGUGAAAUCAAAAGCGGCUUAUGCCAAUCUAAACCAUUUUGGGCACUUUCGUGGUGUUAGUCUGGCUGUAAAAUCUCGUAUCUACAACGUGUUGGUGAGAACAGUUUUGCUCUAUGCUUGUGGAACCUGGCCUCUCCAAGUUGAGGAUGUCAAAUGACACUCGGUGUUUGAUCAUCGUUGUCUCUGAAGGAUUGCUGAUAUCCAGUGGUAACACGAUGUUAGUAAUGCAGAGGUUCGUCAUAGUGUGUUCGGGCACAAAUACGAUAAUUCAAUUGGUGUCACCAUCUUGAAACACCGACUUCGGUAGCUUGGAUAUGUUGUACGAAUGUUCUUCCAGAGAAUUCCAUGUCGUGCAUUACUUGCCGACACUGGGACUGGUUGGAAAAAGCGGAGAGGUGGUCAGUGCAUGACAUGGUGUCGUGGUAUGGUAGAAAGCUGUACAGGACUGGCUUCUGUCGGUCCUUCAUGACUCCCUGGUUGAAGUCCUAGAGACGAUGCAACACAAUGGGAGGAGACGUUAUCAAAUAUGGCUCAGAAUAGAAGCCAGUGGCAAUCCUGCUGUAACUUUAUUUUACUUUCUUAAUAAAAAAAAAUGGACGUAACUUCUUUAACUGUAAGAAUUCUCUGUGGCUGUACUUUUGCUAAUUGAACCGUCUCUCCUAUUACUAUUAUUAUUUUACUAUCAUACACUAAUUUCUGUUCGUUAUUGUUACUCUUUUUUCUUAUACGCACCUUACAUUCUUUAUCUCUUCACAUUCUCAUUAUUAUUGUAUGGCACAUAUAUAUCUGGUGCCCCCUUGUACCAAUAUUUAUGUGUUCAAUUAAAUAAAUUAGUUGAGAAGUGACCUUAAAAUCACAAGGUCAACGAAAUUGACUCAUCACUGGAUAGAACUAGCAUAGGAAGGCCCAGGACAGAAUGGGUUAGAGAAUGCUGGUCGAUGGCCUAUUCUCCAUUGGGAGUAACAGGCGUAAGUAUGUAAGUAAUGAAGAUCAUUAUGAUUAUAAUUGUAGGUAGAGUUUCAUUGAAGACGACAAAAGAUAAAUA